AUGCGCGACAAAUUUCCCAGUGGUGGUAUGACAGAGGCUGAGUUCUUCGACACAUGCAUUCAACAGUCAGACGGUGACAAGAUUGAUGGGCUUGAUUUUUUCAAGCUUCUAUUUAAAGCUAUCGAUCAAGAUAAUUCUGGUACCAAUUUACAUAAAGGCCAAGAUGAAUUACAUUUACAUGUAUACGAUAAUGAUGUGGCGGAUCAAGAUUCGAUCGGUUCAAGGACGAUCGAUUUGAAAAAAUAUGUCUUCAGUAAAGGUCGCUAUGAAGAUUGGGUCAAGUUAUCUGCUCAUUUGGGUCUUGGCUCACAUGGUGAACUUCAUGUUAUCAUUGAACAUAGUGAAUGUGAAGAUCCAACUAGUGUUGUGAGUUCAGUAUCUUACGAUACUAAAACUAAUUCAUAUAGUGGUUUUUCACCACAAUUGGUAAAUGGUUUACCUAUUAUAAAUCAAUUUCAAACAAAUAAUUAUAAUGAGUUACAACAAUGGUUCGAAGAUUUUGACAAGUCUACAUUAAUAAAUGCAAAUUUAGUUGAACCAUUAUUAACUAAUAAUUCUUCUUCAAUACAUUCGAGACCAUAUAUCAUUUCCGCUUACGAAACUAAUAAUAAAUAUAUAGGUAUAGAUGUUCUUCGUAAAUGGAUAUAUAUGUAUAAUGAAUGCAAAAAAAGAAAUAUUAUUGUUGUCGGUUUUGCAAGUGAUUGUGAAGCAUGCUAUCUUAAAGCUAUGCAAAUAUCAUUAGGCUUUUUUACACACACAUCAAAUAUUGAUUUAUUACGUAAAAAUAAAAAUUUAUUUCAAAUUAAUAUUCCACCAACAUGGACUUUAUUUUAUGAGAACAAGGCAAAUGUAUCUUUGCAUGCAAGAUGGGAUCCAUCUUACUGCAAAGAUUAG